AUGACAAUGGACAACGCCAGAGGAAACCACAGCGCUGGCGAGAAGUGUGACACCGCGGCAAUCAAAGCUAGCGUCAUUUUGGACAUGGAUGCUACGAAAGAAUUUCCACCUUUAGAGUCAGACGCUCAACCCUGCCAGAGGCGCGAUGUUAACGGAAAAGAAGAGCUGAAUCCAAAUAUUAUUGGAAGUUCUCUGGGGAGGCAGAACGUGGAAGUACCGUAUGAAGAUGAGCAAAGCCCUACAAAUAUGUACCUGUACGAUCAGCCGCAGACAAACGCAUCGAGAAACGAAAGCCAGACAGAGAGCCAUGUUGAUCCUACUGCUUUAAAUGAGGAAGACUUGAGCACUUCGGUUGAUCAUCAUGCAAGCUUGGAAGUACAGUUCCCGGAGACUGAGGUCUCGGGUGUAUCAAUCAAACCGGUUGAGCAACCGAAAUAUCCUGUAGAUUCGAAAAUUGGCGCCAGAGAUGGCUCACAACAGCAGGGUGGAGACGGUUCCAUCGUAUCGCAAGCAGAAUCAGAGAUUGAACAAGUCGCAGGAUCGACAAUUGGAUCUUUAUCGGAACCCACUGAGCAGCCUUUUUACGUCAAUGCUAAGCAAUAUUACCGAAUCUUGAAAAGGAGGUAUGCUAGAGCUAAGCUUGAAGAGAAUCUGAAAAUCUCAAGGGAACGCAAGCCAUAUUUACACGAGUCGCGGCACAAACACGCCAUGCGAAGGCCCAGAGGACAAGGUGGAAGGUUUUUAACUGCAGCUGAAAUUGCAGAGCUCAAACAACAUAAGGAGCUACAAUUGAACCUCGACAUAAAACAGCAGGACCCUGCAGAUCAAAGCUCAAAAAACGUUGAAGAGGAAACAACUGAAGAACCGAAGUCACAAACCGCCAAGCGUUCAUCCGGGAAGCACAUGAGCGAAGUAGUACGACAAUAG